CAGAAACUAGAAACUGUAUAAUUUGUAUUCGUGUGUGAGGAAAAAAUAAGAGAGAAAGAGUGUGUACAAAUAUAUCAAUGGCCUCAACAGCGUGCUUCUUGCUCAACCAUGCAGGUGCAGCAUUCUCUACUUACAGAUCCUCGUCUAGCAGCUACCUGCCAUCACUCAAGCCUACACGGCUGAUUUGCCGUGCGCAGGAUCAGGCAGCACUUCAUCAAGAAGAUGGUGCAGCCACCAUUUCUCGAAGACUGGCUCUCACUGUUUUAAUUGGGGCUGCUGCCAUUGGAUCCAAGGUUUCACCUGCUGAUGCCGCCUAUGGAGAAUCUGCCAACAUAUUUGGGAAGCCAAAGACAAACACAGAUUUCUUGCCAUACAAUGGGGAUGGAUUCAAGUUGUCAGUUCCCUCAAAGUGGAACCAAAGCAGAGAAGUGGAAUACCCUGGUCAACUUCUUAGAUAUGAGGACAACUUCGAUCCCAACAGCAAUGUCGUUGUUAUGGUCAACCCGACUAAAAAGAAAUCCGUCACUGACUAUGGUUCCCCUCAGGACUUCCUCUCUCAAGUGGACUAUCUGCUGGGAAAACAAGUCUACUUUGGCAAAACUGAUGCAGAGGGUGGAUUCGAUUCAGAUGCAGUGGCAACUGCAAACAUAUUGGAGAGUUCAACACCGGUGAUCGGUGGGAAACCGUACUAUUUCAUAUCAGUAUUGACGAGAACGGCUGAUGGAGAUGAAGGCGGUAAACACCAUCUGAUAAUGGCCACGGUUUCAGGUGGCAAACUAUACAUUUGCAAGGCUCAAGCAGGAGACAAGAGAUGGUUUAAAGGUGCGAAAAAAUUUGUUGAGAAAACUGCAAGUUCUUUCAAUGUUGCUUAAGAUGGGGAUAUGGUUAGUAUACAUAAACAGGGUGUUUGUUUGUGUUGUAAAAGCAGUCAAUGAGCUAUAGUGAUGGAGGUUUUUGCAUAAAAUCCCCUUAUCAUGGCUUCAAGAAUGUUGAACUUUUACAUCAAUUGUCGAAUUUGAAUCGAACUUGAUUCUGUAAAAGAACACACGUGUGGUCUUGCUCGGUUUUCACAAUAAAGGGGUCGGUGGAUGAA